AAUUCACUUUGAAAUAGAUUAUGCCAUUGGAAAAUGAGAUGAAAACUCCACGAUCGUAUGUUGGUCCUACCGGCGUUUUGAGUCGGGCGUUUGCAAUCAUUGUUGUUCUCUAUAUUGGAAUGGGUUUAUUCGGUUAUCUGAGAUAUGGUGCUGCCAUUCAAGAGACAAUCACUCUUAAUCUAGAAGCCCAAAAUAGUGAAAUGGAUAAAAUAUUGUCGCAUGCUGUAAAAGGAAUGCUUGCCUUUGGAAUCUUCAUAACACAUGGUGUUGCAUGCUAUGUAGCAAUCGAUAUUGCAUGGAAUCGUUAUAUCGUCGACAAAAUCUCAAAUGAACGCUAUAAAUUACUGUGGGAAUAUGUUGUGCGAACUGUAAUUGUUUUAAUCACAUUUCUCUUGGCUGAAGCUAUUCCAGACUUGGGCUUAUACAUUUCAUUAUUUGGAGCUUUUUGCUUAUCCACCCUUGGAUUAGCUUUUCCUGCCCUAAUUGAUACCCUUGUUUUUCUGAAAGGUACAACCGGUGCGGCGAGAACGACAAUGAUUGUUAAAAAUAUAAUAAUCACCAUGCUGGGCAUAUUUGCUCUCAUCAUUGGCACAUCAACGAGUAUAGCCGCGAUUGUCGACCAAAUAAAUAAAGAAGUAUAAAUGCGAUCGUUACCAAACAAAUAUGAAUAAAUACACAUAAAUGUACUUAAGUAAGCUCAUUGUUAGGAAAAACAAAAGAGUUUAGACUCAUAAAUAAAUAUCAUCAUUUGGCAUGUUAAAAGAUAAUCAUUAAUAAAGAUAAAACAUUUAUUUGUGAAAAA